UCACAGAAUAGGUAGUCUGCAACAACGCAACUGCAUUCUGCUGGUCCUUCUUCUUAGUGGUUAUUUAGAUUUACUACUUUAUUUCAUUACACUAAAACAUUUUAAUUUAACAACACAAAAUAUUACUCUUAUUAGGCUAGUUUUUAUAAUAUUUCUUAAUAGAUGAGUUUGGAUCAAUUUUUGAAACAGGAUAAUUGAAAAGGUGAACGAUGAGGUUGAUGCUAGUUGUGAUACACAUCAGCCUGGUUGCAACCCAAAUGUGGGUAUCGGCGCAUUACAGAGACGAAGUUGAGGACAAUGAGUUUGCCGAAUUCGAGGACUUCCAAGAUGAUGACGAUAAGAUUGUUGUUGAAGAUAUUGGCCAGGGCCGGCCGUUGAAGCCAUUAUCGGCGAAUAUCAUCGACGACAAUGGGGAACAAGAGGACGAGGACGAGGAUGCAAUUGUUGAGGAUGAUGAUAAUGAAUUCGAUCAUUUUCAAGACGAGGAAGAAUUUGAGGGCUACGACAACGAUCGACUCGGUACUGGCAACAAAGUUGAUGACAAAGAAGUGCCCAAAAUCACAAUUACAAAGGUUUGUUUAUGAAAAUAUUUCUCAAUAAUGUGUGGUCUGUGAAUUUAUAAUCUUUUUUAUUUAUUUAUUCUUUGGAUAAAAACAUAUAAUACUGGAAUGAAUAAAACAGGCGCCAGCCCAAGAGCCCAAAAC